UGGUUUCAGAACCGAAGAGCCAAGGGGCGGAAGCGGGAAAAGUGCUGGGGCCGGAGCAGCGUGAUGGCUGAGUAUGGCCUCUACGGGGCCAUGGUGAGGCACUCCAUCCCUCUGCCCGAGUCCAUCAUCAACUCCGCCAAGAGCGGGCUGGUGGGAUCCUGCGCCCCAUGGCUGCUGGGCAUGCACAAAAAGUCUAUGGAGGUGAGCAGAAAGGCAGAGAGUCAAGAGAAGCUGGCAGAUGGCUGGCGAGCGGAGCAGGAGGAGGAACAACUCAAAGGGAAGCAGGCCAGUUCCCAGAGGGGCUCUGACAAGCUUGGCCCGGCGAAAGAUUCGGAGGACACAGCCAUUGACCUCUCCAGGACAGCCAAGCACGAGAAGAGGGGUGUACUGAGGCAGUGCAUCAACGGGGACCCCCCCACAGAGCAGAAGGACAAGGACCACUGA